AUGGUAUACCCUCUGUUACUGCUGCAUGGAUCCAACUGUGAGGUAUUAAAGGCAUCCAAUUCGCAUAGAAGUGUUAUCCGUGGGGUUAGAAUACAUCAAAAUCAAGACCAAGACCUAAUAGCACCACGGCAAUUAUUGGAGCAACAAGGUGGACGCCAUGAGUUCACCGUCUAUCAAUUCGAGGUGUCAGGGUCUCAGGUUAUGAGAGCAGGGCCAUCGGAUGCGCCAUCAGAGAUACCCUCCAUCUCUCCUUCGUCUCCUCCGUCAAUAGCCCCAACAUCAGCAACGCCUAGAACAAGCCCGUUUCUGAAGGGAGAAGCAUUAGAAGCUGAGGACAUGAGCUCGUCUCCCAGUUCUGGUCCCACAAAGCAACUUGUCUUUACUGAUUCAGGAUACUAUCCCCUGCCAGAAGAAACCCUUCAGAUUGAAAACAGAGAACCAGGAGACUCGCAAACACAGCCAGGCAGUGGUGCUGACACUGAGAUAGAGAAUGAAUAUUGGCAACAGAAUCCGGGAUCCCCGCCAGAUCAAUCUACUAAUGAACAAGAAGAGGAAUCCGAUCACUUCGUUCCCGUAGAAGGAAAUGAAGUCACUUCCCAGGCUGCCAUCAAACCAACUUACUACUAUGUGGAUCUGAGGCCUUUCUCAGUCUUUGUGGAUGCCAGUCGAGACUUGACCACCGAUUUAGGCAUUCCUCUCUAUUUGCUGAUUGAAAUGCAAACAACGCUGCAGAAUAUCGUGGAUGUCAAGAUAUCCAACUUGACCAUUCAAAUGGGG